GAAUUGUUUGGGUAUUAAUAACGAAACGUCAUGAAAUUUUAUUAAAAUACAACGGUUUUACUAUCGAUAUUGAGUUCAAUAAUAUAGAAAAUAUAAUUCGAAUAUUCGAGUAUUGUUUUUUGUUGAGUUUUGUUAUGUGUUCACAAUAAAACAGUAAACUCCCGCCCUUUAAAACUACGAUGGCCUGUGUUUUACAUAUCGUAAUUGCAGUUGUGAAGUGGGCAGCCUAUCUUGAUUCUGUAACUUGAAUGAAAAAUUUUUUUAUUUUGAAAAUUUAUUUUAAAUGGAGAAAUAUUUACGAGUAGAAAAAAUUGGUGAAGGAACUUAUGGUGUUGUGUACAAAGCUAGGGAUAAAAAAACUGGCAAAAAUGUAGCGUUAAAACGAAUUCGAUUAGAAACAGAAUCAGAAGGAGUACCAUCAACUGCAAUUCGAGAGAUCUCAUUAUUAAAAGAAUUAAAACAUCCUGGCGUUGUUCGAUUGUUAGAUGUUUUAAUUGCUAAUCGGAAAUUGUACUUAGUUUUCGAAUUUUUAGAUAUGGAUUUAAAAAAAUUAAUGGAUACUUCGAAAAUUCUUUUAGAACCCUCUUUAGUUAAGAGCUAUUUACGGCAGUUAUUAGACGGGUUAUCUUUUUGCCAUGUUCGUCGCGUGCUACAUCGAGACCUUAAACCACAAAAUUUACUUGUAGACCGUCAAGGCUAUAUUAAAAUUGCUGAUUUUGGAUUAGCAAGAAGUUUUGGUUUACCGGUGCGAAGUUACACUCAAGAAGUGGUUACUUUAUGGUAUAGACCACCAGAAAUUUUAUUGGGUAGUAAAUUUUAUACGUCAGCAGUGGAUAUUUGGGGAUUGGGUUGUAUUUUUGCUGAAAUGCUUACAAAACGUCCAUUGUUUCCGGGCGAUUCAGAAAUUGAUCAAUUGUUUCGAAUAUUUCGUACAUUGGGCACACCAGAUGAAGCUAUUUGGCCGGGUGUAACGCAAUUAUCUAAUUAUAAAGCAAUGUUUCCAAAAUGGCCGCGAAGAAAAAUGAAUGAUAUUUUACCAUUGUUAGAUGAACAGGGAAUUGAUUUGUGCCUUAAAUUAUUAACAUACGAUCCAUUAAUACGGGUCUCAGCUCGCGAUGCUGUAAUACACGCUUAUUUUAAAGAUACCAAAUUAGUUGCACCAAAUUUAUCGCUAUUUCCAUCUUCAUCAGAAUCAUAGUUUCAAUUUAAUUUUAAUUUUAAUGUGCUUGUUUAGUAGAUAUUUAGUUUGUUCAUCGCGGCGAAUUUCAACCAGUAAGAAAAACGAUGCUCAAUUAAUAACGAUUAUAAAUUAAAUCAUUGGCUCUAACCGCUUUUCUUUUUGGUUGAUUCUUUGACGCACGCUGAACAUUUACAAACAUAAGCUCAAUGAUGUUAA